AUGUAGCCACUUUGCCUUUUUCUCAUGACGUGUCGGCGAGCUUAGUUUUUAUAAAACAAAUAGUUGAAGCUCAAGUGGAAUUUUUACAAAAAAAAUGCGAGACCAAUGGAUCAGCCUUGCCCUCGUGCUGUGUGCGUUGCACAGCGCCUGCGGCCUAUACUUUCACAUAUCGGAAACGGAGCGCAAGUGCUUUAUUGAGGAGGUGCCCGAUGAGACAACUGUGAUUGUUAACUACAAAGUGGAGCUCUAUGAUCCACGCUCCAAUGGAUUUAUGCCAUCCUCGCCGGGCAUUGGCAUGCACGUAGAGGUGCGCGACAGUGACGACAAAGUGAUCUUGUCGCGCGUCUACAGUUCCCAGGGACGAAUGUCGUUCACUUCGCACACUCCCGGCGAGCACGUCAUCUGCAUGUACUCCAAUAGCACCGCCUGGUUCAAUGGAGCCCAGCUGCGCGUGCAUCUCGAUAUUCAGGUGGGCGAGCAUGCCAUCGACUAUGCCAAUGUGGCACAAAAAGAGAAGCUGACCGAGCUGCAGCUACGCAUUCGCCAGUUGCUUGACCAGGUCGAACAGAUCACCAAGGAGCAGAACUAUCAGCGCUAUCGCGAGGAGCGUUUCCGUCACACAAGCGAGAGCACCAACUCUCGCGUGCUCUGGUGGUCGCUGGCGCAGACUGUGGUCCUCGUCUGCAUGGGAUUCUGGCAGAUGCGUCAUCUCAAGAGUUUCUUCGAGGCCAAGAAACUGGUGUGAGGGCACAUCGUGGCAAUGGUUAUUGGUUGCUUUUGCCUUCAUCUCGUUUUGUAUGCAACCAAAUUACAAAUGCGAAUUUCAUCGAUGUAUCAUCCAGA